UUCAUUUAAUCUACAAUGUAAAUGCACACUACCUGUAAUCUGUCGCCACGUUUCUUUCCUUCGCCGGUACCAUUUUAUAGCGUUUAAAAAGCAGUCGGUUAAGUGCUAACCAUGCAAAAAUAACCAAGAAACUAACAGGGAUGUCAGGUAUGAUCACAAGGUCACGAGCCGUAGAGGCAUCGAAGAGACAUGAGAUUCUCAGUCAUGAUCAAGAAGAAGAUGUUGUUCAGUUGCCGACGAAAAAAGCUACGAUGAACGGUCCCGACAAAGCCAAGAUGAUGGAGGAAAGUAAAGUCAAAAAUGAGACAAAACCAAAUAUGAGAAAAGAUAGUGGAAGUAUAGCUCUUCUUUUACUUCUUUACGUUUUACAAGGCAUUCCUUUGGGACUUGCCGGCGCUAUGCCCAUGUUGCUACAAACAAGGAAGAUUGAAUACAAGGACCAAGCUAAGUUUAGUCUGGUGUUUUGGCCUUUUAGUAUGAAGCUCUUGUGGGCUCCUAUCGUAGACACGGCUUAUUUGUCGAGAUUUGGCCGAAGGAAGACCUGGCUCGUGCCAGUACAGUACGUGAUUGGAAUCUUUAUGCUCAUUCUUUCCAAGGUGAGAGUUACAUUGGUUUUCAGGGUUGGUUGUUAAGGAAUUUUUUUUUUUAAUGUAAACAUUAUAUUUUUACAUAGCUCAGCAGUCACUGUUGAACGAGGAGUAUUAAAAGUCGACUACAAUGUGCAUGACUGCCUGAUCCAAUGCUAUUCAAGUGAACAAGGACUUUGGAUUGUGCUCAUCACCAUUAGCUUUGGCAUGUGUGAAGUUUAAUGUCUAGUUCACUCUUAAACUUGCCUUUGUGUGGAUCUUUACAUGUACGUUAAUCAAAUUAAUUGGAAUUUGUGGUAAAAGCCUACUAUUUCUUACUUCAACAAACCCACUAUAUCCCUUAUAAUAAGUUGCUUUGUGGUAACUGUGAAAUCUAAUAUUUUUUUAAUUGGUAUUCUUAACAAUGAUAAUAUGUUAGGCACCCUCAAAUAGUAGAGGAUAUCACAAGAACGUCUUUCUUAGUUUGACUACACCAGCAUCAAUACAGAGCUGCAAAUACUAUACAUGUAGCAGUUGAACAUCAGACAAUGUCUGUCGUCUGACAAUGUCCUUCCACAUGUGAUCGAUCCAAUUUUCCCCAGCAUAAAUUAGCACAUGUAGUACUAAGUCUAAAGGCUACAUGUUUCUGUAAUUAAAAAUUCAUGUUAUUACUAAACAGUAAUUUCCUUAUUUAAAUGUCAACAUGAUACAUGUGCGGAAACUUCUGUCAAGGUGAAAUGCUGACAUAAUUAUAGUAGCUGGAUAUGAUGUUUUCUUUUAGAAAGAAAAAUUACUUACAGGCCAGCAAUCACUGCACAAGAUCAGAAAGUUAACUAUAAAGUCAGUUCUAGUAACUGUUAUUUCUUUCUUUAUGUACUUUAACCCUUUAGGCCCUAAGAGUGAUCAGCAUCAAAUUUCUCCUUGUAUUAUCACUGCUUUAUAAAAAACAGUGGUCAUGAGAAUUAAAGAUAUGAUCACACAAGAUGAAUCUAAUUGAUACUUAAUCAAAUUCUCCCCACUACUUCUAUUGAAAACGUAUAGGGAUAACAAAUGAGAAUUUGAAUUUUAAUGUUAGGGUUUAAAGGGUUAAUAGAGUUCAUUUGUGUCAGGAGCCUUUAACCCAGAGUGAGCAACCCAUGGACUGGUUUAUUUUAGAUUGAUUUUAGAGCACUUUUUUCUCAUCCAAAUGGAAGCUCUGCUCUGUCUAUGAGGGCAUUCAAAGUAUAAUAUGAAAAUGGAAAUUGAAACAUUAUUAAUAGGUCAAAAAUACGGUUUCCAGGUCUGAAGGUGUAGGACUUAAAAAUUACUAUAAUUUAAAAUUAAUUAUUUUUUCACCAAAAUGUUCUAAACACAAACUGGUCAGUGAAAACAUUGUGACACAAGUAUCAUCUAUUAAAGUUGCUCACUCCUAGUUAUGGGCUUCUCUUUGUGUUGCUACCUUUUUUGUUAACUGUUUUGCUAUUAUUUUUUAGGCCAUCUUUUUGACUAGGUUGCUCCCUUCAAAUAAGCUUUCCUUAAUUGAAUAUAAUUUUCAUAAGUUCACAGGUGCGUUUUUUAAUGAAAGACAGCAGUUUUUACACUCUUUUUACUCUUUCAGCACAUUGAAGAACUGAUGGGAGAAAAUACUGAAACAGCUCCAAGCAUCACACUUCUGACUGCUAUCUUCUUCUGUCUCAACUUCCUUGCUGCAACACAAGACAUUGCUGUGGAUGGCUGGGCACUCACAAUGCUGUCCAGAGAAAAUGUUGGUUAUGCGUCAACAUGCAACACUGUAGGCCAGACAGCGGGAUUUUUCAUGGGAAAUGUUGUGUUUCUGGCUCUUAGUUCUGCUGACUUCAGUAACAGAUAUCUGAGAACUGAGACCCAGUCUACAGGUGUUGUCACCUUCUCAGGAUUUUUCUAUUUUUGGGGAAUUGUUUUUCUUGUUACCACUACAUUAGUUGGAUUUUUUAAACGUGAAAAGUCUGAACAAGAACUUCAUGGUGAGGAAUCAGUGGAAGGGAUUGUUGAUGGCUACAAAACUUUGGUCAAAAUCUUGCGGUGCCCAAGUAUUUUGAAGUUCAUGGUCAUACUUCUCACUUUCAAGGUAGUUAGUUAAUUAUAUCAUAGACAUUAAAAGUUUUAAGAGUACGGUAGAAAAUGAUUGGAUUUCUAUAGAAAGGGCAAUUCUGUAUAAGGUGCAUGGCCAGUUUGCCACAAGAAUAAUACUUUAAGAUGCUUGAAUGUACGGUAAGAAAAGAAGAUCAGGGCUUGAAAAAAGUUCCGUUUGGUUGUCCUGGGGGACAAUUGAUCAAUUAGAUUUUCUUGCUGGACGAGAAACCUUGGAAGGUCACUUACAUUGUAGCCCAAUGGCCAAUGGUCAAGGUGAGUCAUAUCGUUGUAACUGAAUGCUUGGUUUUUGUAGCUGAAGGUUUUGUUUGAAACGUAAGCCAGACCACCAAUCAUCUGUCAUCUGUCUCUCUUUUGGGCAGCGAUACUAACCAUUGCUGAUUGGACAUGCUUCCUUCACAUGUCUACAGGAGUAAUUUCUCGUGCUAAUUCUGUUGAUUUGUAUUCUGGAAAAUGACAUUUAAACACCAUCUGAAGAAACCUCAACAUGUUUUAUUAAGGACAGAGGAUAUACACAUGUACAGUCAUGUACAGUGUGUAUAAUGAACCUAGGAAAAUUACCAAGACAUUAAUACUUUGUGCCCAUAAACUGUUUGGCAUAUCCUCACAGUGUUAGUAUUCAACAUUCCUUUCUCUUCUCUACUUAGAUUGGUUUUGCUGCCGCUGACUCAGUAACUGGAUUAAAGCUGAUUGAAGCAGGAGUUCCUAAAGAGAAUCUUGCUCUACUUGCCAUCCCCAUGGUUCCAAUCCAGAUUUUGUUACCAGUUUAUAUAAGCAGAUAUACUGCAGGUGGGCAUUUUUGCAUUUAUGAAUAAAUAUGACAUGACUCAGGGAGACAUUGCAAUGCAUGUGUGUUGCAACUGUAGAAGUACAGUGGAGGGUUUAUGUUAAAAUACGUAUACAUUUACAAGAGGCCUUCUGAUAGGAUGCGUUAAAAAAAUCUGAAAUACAUGUAAUGUGGCAUUUUCUGUGUAGAUUGUGCGAUAAAAAAGAAAGGGUUUUUUGUGCAGGGAAAAUUGUUGUAAAUACACCUUACAUAACUUUAAGAUUGGGAAAAUGUUUAAUUAAAGUUAGAAUUCAUUGUUUACUUUACUUGAAUUUAGCAUUUUUUUUACAAGUUAUGCGAUUUUCCUCAAGUUUUGUGAUCUGAUGCGAUUUGAGGUCAAUUGUGUGAAAUCGCACCAUUGCGUAAUAUCAGAUGGCCUGUUUUGAGAACAAAAAUAAAUUUAUGUACACUGUACAUUUUCUUUAUAAGAAACUACAACAUACGUUGUCUCUGCUUUCAUUUACAUGUACAAAUAGGUGAACAAAAAGUGCCAAUGUUUUUCCAGAUGGGAUAAUACAAUGUGUAGCAUCAUCCUUUCUCAGGGCCGUCAUUAAGAUCAUGAGGCCAGAGACCAGGGAUUUUUUGAGCAUGACCAUCGGCUACUUUUGUAGGAGACAAAAGGAAAAUAGAACCUUAAAAAGAACUGGAUCAAUUUAGGUUUCCGGGAAAACUGCCCACCUACCCCUCCCCUAAGCCAUCAUUUUGCCUUAAUUGAGAAGUAAGUGUUAAUGUUAGCUGAGGGGAGGGGUAGGAGGGCAGUUUCCCAGAAACUUAAAUUGAUCCAAAUAACCCCCCAACUUUUUAAAUCCCAGCCUACUACAUGCCCAGCUGUAAGUUAAUCUACAGAGCAACAUGAAAUGUUAUAAUUUUAUUGUCAGUGGUGCUCUCUAGCUGAUUUUCCAGCCAUUUUUCUCUGUAUGGUUUAAUUCAAAUGGAACCAGUUCUAUGUAAGGUGAAAUUCGUGUCUGCAGCGAAGGGCAAAAUUUGUGGUCAAAAUCCCCAAAGAGGGGACAAGGAAAGUGUUCAAAUACCUGCACCUAUUCCCGUAUCCCACCUCUCCAUCUAAAAAUUGAUACAACAUUGUAGCUGCAUAAAAGCAAGGUGGUCUACCAGUGUAUUAUACAGUCACAUAAAUGAUGUAUCUUAAGGUCUCUGUGUUUUAAAAACCUCUAAAAAUAAUUUUUGUAUAGCAGAUAGUGGGCACCCCUCUUUAAUGUUCAUUUGUAAGAGCUACAGCAUGAAAACUGUCAUGCAAAAGUUCCAUCCUCUUAGCAUUUGAAAUCAUUUACAAAAAUGUUGUCUGUGCCUAUUAUAGGUCCACGGCCCUUAGAUGUGUUCCUCAAGGCCAUGCCCUACAGAUUGUUCAUGGGUGUUAUCUUCAUGGUGUGUGUUUGGUGGACCAGCAUUGUCCGUGGUCCCAACCAGGAAUUCUUCCCUAUUUAUUUUUAUGUCACAAUAUUAUUGGUUUAUGCAGUUCACCAGGUAAAAAUGAUAAUUAUAAACCUCUUGCUAUACAAGUCUAAGUUUGGUACUGUAAGUCACAGACCAAGUUUCUCCUAUUACAUUUAUGGCCAAGUGCAAAGAAUACAGGCCAAAAAUCUGGAGGCAAAAGUGGUUCAGUAACUACAUGUAACAGUGAGAUGUUUGAUUAUAUCUCUGAUAGUACAUUGGACAGCUGUAGGUUUAUCCAGAAGCUCUAACAACCGCCAAAAUCACCAUCUAGUUGACAUAAAGGUGCAGGCUACUCACAGAAAAGUUUUCAAGUGAAACAAUCAAUCCAUCACAUUUCAUCUUAUUUUUGGUUCCUAGCACUUUUGUGUCAUCCUUGUGGCUAAAUUUCUUUCCCUGGUCACUCAAAAUGCACUGAAAUUCACUUUUCAGGAACCCUUAAAUGAAAAAUUCCAAAUGGACUCCUGCAAUAAAGGGUGGGUACCCCCUUCCCAUACCUACACUGUACCCCUGCACACAGUUCUGUCCCUUGGAAGAUGCGCCUUUCAAUCUGAUUAGUUGCCUCCCUCUUUGUUUAAUUCAAAUUUUCUGACAAACCCUUCUGGGAGUUAAAAUUCUCUCAAAAAGAACACAAGAAAUCCAGAAGAGAGUACACUACCAGGGUGCAGAGAAAGUCAGUUUUACAGCCUGCCAUUCGGGCAAGCUGUAGCUAGCAUGUACCUGCCCAGAAGUCAUUUCAAGCUCAAGUAUUUCAAGUUCUGAGUCAAUUGUCUCAGAGCCCAUUCGGGCUCGAGGAAUAAUUGUUAAUUAUGUACACUACUGAACCGGCAGUAUGGCUGAAACCGGGCCGAGGUACGUUUGGGAAACUCGGGAAGGGCAAUUUUGGGGGUUAGUGUAACCUAGCUAGCCUUCAUGGGUAUGUCCAAUGAUGUUGGAAAAAUUCCAAAAUGUAGUACAUGAAAAAAAUAGUGAGUAAAAAAAUAAUUAUAAGCAAACAGAUAUUUUUUGGAAAUUGUUUAAUAAUUACGGAAUAAUGUUUUUCAGUUUUCAAAAGCGUCGUAGAGGUGAUUAGUGUAGAUGUUUUUUAUUUUGCUGCAUGUGGUGCUUCGAGCUUCAGAGAUGGACAGAGAAUGCUGUAUGCAACAUUUUGCUUCAGAUAAUGCACUUCGAUUGUACGAAAUGUACAUUACGUUUAAACUUCCCGGCACUACAGAUAUGUUUUAUUUUUAUUUCCUUUACUAUUUGCCGUCAACAGGUUACAGUGUACUGCAUGUUCGUGGCCAUCAUGGCGUUUCACGCCCGUAUCAGUGACCCGCGGGUUGGCGGGACGUACUUGACCCUUUUGAACACAUUAACAAACCUGGGUGGUAAUUGGUGUCAGACACUUGCUUUGUGGCUUGUGGAUGGACUCACCUGGUCGAGCUGUGUUGGUGCAUCUAUACCAGGGCUACAUUGUAGCGGGAAAAUUCACGCCAAGGUGACUAAUUACUUUCUUUUUUAUAGUGUCGAAACAUUUUUUCUUAGCGAGAGAAAGCACAGUAUCAUGAGAUCUGGACAAAACCAUUAAUGGAAAUAUUGCUAAAACUCCUCCUUUUUUUGUUAAGAGGUAUUUGAUAUAUGUAAGUACAUGCAGAAUGAAUCUUUAAAAAUUAGUUACUGUUGAAUUUUCUAUUAACAAAGACGCAAAAUAGUUUAAAACAACAACAACAAACAGAAUAAACAGAACUACCUCUUGAAAAAGUGAGGCUCACUUAGCAGACUUUUAUCUUCUAUUGAGCACUGUGCGUCUGACAAAUACUUUCUAAAAACAUUUUAUGAAAACUCUUCUCUUGGUACUUGCUCAUAAUUUCAGCAAACGUAUGACAAGAUUGCCAAGGAUAAUGCUUCUUUCGGUGAAAUGGUAACUCGCUAAUGUCGCGACAGAUCUCCCUUUACGGAUACUUCAGUUGUAGGUGCCUGCUUCUUUCCCUCUUACUCUGAGGAGAAAAGAGAAAACCAAGCAGACAAACAAACAAAAGAGCAAACAACGAACAAACCAAGAAAAUCAUAAAUGGAAAUGGCCAAUGGAAGAGGAAGUGACGAAGACUGAAUUCUCAUGUUCUAAAUUUACUUUUCAGGACUGUACGAAUGCUGAUGGUGUGUGCCAAAUAUUUGUCGAUGGCUACUAUGUCGAGUCCAUCGUCUGUGUGGUGUUUGGUGUUUUGUGGCUUCGAUGGAAAGGAAAACAAACAAGAGCUUUACAAGACUUACCAGAAUCAGUUUGGAGAUACCAGUAAUAUUUAUGAACAAUAUAUAUAGAUAGGAAGUGGACAGUGUUACAUGUAUUAAUCCAUUUGUUACCAAAACCGAAGAAUUUCCAACAUGUAUCUCGCGAAAUUAAGUGAAAUUAUAAAUUAUUACGGAAAAAUGCGAGGAGUACACCUCGCAACAUACUGAACGAAGUUAGUAGUUGUGUCUCAAGUGCAAACUCCUUGAAACAUAUAUCUUUGAUUCAUUGUUAUUAAGGUAAGAAAGUAAUAUCUAGUGGAAUAUACACUCUGGUUACAGAGAUACUCCGU